UUCACCUUCCUUCUUCUCAAUCAUCCAUUAGUAACACUAAUAUUAUUCCGAUCUGUAAUGACUAUGAUGAAAAUACAUCAAAGAACAAGGAAAAUAUACCGAUUUCCUCACCGCUGAGUUGUAUACGUGACAGCAAUGAAAAUUUUAUGCAUUUUGUGGAAGAGAAUGUUAGCAAUAUUUCUAUUGAUGAUAGUAUUGAAAGAACAGAUCAUAAUAAUACUGAGUACAUUUUUGAUAACUCGAGUAGAAGUCUGAAUAAUGAGUUAUUAGAAAAGGACUACAAUGAGUGUCAGGAUGAUAAUAACAAAGUUUUGCAUUCAACGUUCACAGACAGUAUUGAAAGAACAUAUAAUAAUACUGAGUACAUUAUUGACAACCCGACUAAAAGUCUCAAUAAUGAGUUAUUAGAAAAGGACUACAAUAAUUGUCAGGACAAUAACAGUCUGAAAUGUUUUGAUUCCACGACACAUAAAGAAAAUUCGGAUUCAGAAUAUUGUCCUUCUGAACACAGUUCUAUUUUGAUAGAAACAGAAUCUAAUAAUGACUUUCCUGAUACAACUAAUAAUAGAAAGCAAUUAAGUGGAUCAAAUAAAGAUUCAAACAAUUCGGGUUUUGAAGUAUCUAUACAGAUUAAUAACAGCAAUGUAAUUUGUCCUGAUGACACUAAUCUUAAUAUUGAUCCAUCUGAAGGAUCUAAAGGUGGCAAUAAGAAAAACUGCUGUUUUUAUUGCCGAAAAAUGCAAUCAAAGAUUGCUCGACAUCUUGCUACAGUACAUCGUAAUAAACCUGAAGUUAAAAAGUUCAUUGAUCUUUGUCCAAAUAAUUUGGAAAGAAAAAAAAUAAUUGAAACAAUAAGAAGAAAUGGCAAUUUUAUUUAUAACACUAAUAGUAAUAUUAAUGAAGGAAAACUUCUUGUAUGCAGGCGCCCUCGAAAAGAUAAGCAGAAAAGCGCAAAAGAUUAUACGGCUUGUGCAAAAUGCAAGGGGUUUUUUGUGAAAACAAGUCUCAGACGCCAUUUCAAACAAUGUACAAGCUACGGUAGUAAACAAACUAGAUCAGUGUUAGUUAUGGGCAGAGCGGUUAUUGGACGCAUUAAUCCAAUUGCAGAAGAAACAUUGCGAAAAGUAGUUUUUCCUGCACUCAGAGAGGAUGAAAUAACACGUUUGAUUCGAUAUGACGAGUUAAUUAUUAUGUUUGGUAACAGAUUAUGCCGUAAAUAUCGCAAACAAUAUCAGCAUAAGUUAAUUCGUUCACAUCUUAGAUAUCUUGGUCGUUUCUUAAAAGUAAUGAGAGACUUAAAUGCUCAAGUUACAGACAUGAAGUCAAUUUUUCAGCCAACAUUUUAUGAAGAUUGUAUCAAAGCAGUUAAUAGGAUGUCUGCAUUUGACGAUAGCACAAAUACAUACAAAGUGACAACAACACCACAACUAAUGGGAACUUUACUUAAAAAAGUAGGAAAUCUUUUAAUUACUCAAAGUAUAAAGAAGAAAGAUUAUGAAACGAAAAAAGAUACUGAAGAAUUCCUUGCUCUUCUCGUUGAUGAUUUUCCAACUAGUGUUAAUAAAGCUGCUUUGGAAGCGCAGGAAGAAAAUAGAAGAUGUAAAAAACGGAACUACCUUCAAUGGACGAUAUUAUAAAACUUCGCGAUUAUCUUGAUGAAAAACGUAAAGUACUGUGCGAGUUUUUAAAGGAAGCAUUUUGUUAUACUAGUUGGUUGGAAUUAGCAAAAGUAACUCUAACGUCAGUGCAAUUAUUUAAUCGUCGUAGAGCGGGCGAAAUAGAACACCUUCUUAUUAAAGAUUUUGAGAAUUACGUACAGAUUUCAGAAAGCACAGAUAAAGACUUAUUUCAAUCUCUGUCAGGUGCAGCACGAGAAAUUGCAAGAAAAUAUGUGAGAUUUACUAUACGUGGAAAAUUAAUGCGUACUGUUCCUGUAUUACUAUCAGCUCAAUUAUUUAAAUGUAUUGAAUUGAUUUUAAAAUAUCGAGAAAAUGCUCGUGUUCCUUCUACAAAUCCGUAUUUAUUUGGAAUUCCGGGAUAUAAUAAAAGUUGUUUUAAGUAUUUAAAUGCUUGCGAAUUAAUGAGACAAUUUUCCACGCUAUGUGGUGCUAAACGACCAUGGACCUUACGUGGAACGGGUCUCAGAAAACACGUUGCUACGAUAAGUGUAGCUUUAGAUUUAUCAGAAAAUGAUGUUUCUGAUUUAGCAAAACAUAUGGGUCAUGCCAUGGCAAUACAUAAAGAAAUCUAUAGGCAACCCAUUGUAAGCAGAGAUAUUGUACGGAUGUCACAAGUAUUAGAAAAAGCACAAGGCGUCGAUAACGAUGAAGAUAACGAAUCCGAUAGUAGUCACGAAAACGGUAACAUUUCAAUAGAGACUAAUAUUAAUUCAUUCUCUGAAAUGGAUAAGGAAUACAGUAUAUCCAUUAAUAGCAAAUCAAGAAAAAACACUCAUGGAAGUGCGAAGAAACGUAAUACUUUACCAUAUGGUCGUAUAAAUAUAAAUUCAUCAUCUGAAAUGGAGAUGGAAUAUAGUAUCUCCAAUAAUAGCAAAUCAGGAAAAAACACGCAUGGAAGUGCGAAGAAACGGAAUACUCCACCUUAUGGUCGUACUAAACGCAUUUGAUGGACGAAUGAAGAAAAACAAAUAGUCAUUAAAAACUUUGGUGAUUAUAUAAAAACCAAGAAGUUGCCGUCUAUAAAAGCGAUACAAGAAGUUAUUGCAAAAACUCCUUGUUUACAAAAUCGAUCUGCAUCAGUUAUAAAAACAUGGAUAAAUAAUCAGCAAAAAAGCAAUAGACUACUGCAUUAAUCAAUGGAUGAAACAAUGCAAUAGAUUUAACCAUAUGUUGCCGCGCUCCCAUAAAUGUACGAUUUCAUUUAGUUACUCUAAUAUUCUUCAAAAACUUUCACUUAAUUAUUUCUUUUAUGUUAACAUAAAAUGUGUAUUAUGCACACUAUGAAUUUAAUAUCUCUAAAAUUUAUUUUAUGAACAUUACUUAUCAAUUCAUACAUAAUAUAACAAUAUAUGACAACACAUUAUUGCUAUGUGACACUUCGCAUAUAUUUCUAUUAAAUCGUCGCGUCAAUCUGAAAAAUUAAUUCUGUAGAUCUAUGAAUCUGAUAUAUUGAAUAUAAUUUGUGCA